AUGGGUGGUUUAGGUGAUAAAAAUGAUGAUGAUGAUACUGGUUUCGAAGUUGGUGAUGAUGAAGAUGAUGUUGUUGAUGAUGAUGGUGAAGAUGAUGAAAAUAAUGAUGAUGAUGUGGAUAUUAAAAAUGAUGGUGGAGAUGAUGAAGUUGAUGUUGUUAAAAAAGAAGAUGAUGAAGAUAAUGAUGUUUCAUCACUGAUUAUCGAAUCAAGGGAUGCCAUUUAA